AUGGACAACUUCACAAUUAUCCCUAUCUACGUUGGCUUCAUCGAAUAUAAUAACCUUAGUUGGUUUGCAAUGAAAUUAAUGCCCUACUUCAAGGAUAGCUCCAACCUCUUCAUUUUCUCCCUUAGUUUGACACACUGGGGUAAGAUGGAACUUCUUUGUGAACGACUAAUGCUUUUCAUAGGGAGUAUAUAUGACUUCACUAAACUAGACGAGUCAAAACCGACUGUACUUGACACAAUCAAGGAAUACGACAUGUGUGCCAUAGAAGCCUUAAAGACUCUUACAUUCAAGGCCUUUGACUUGCAGAUAUGCUUAGCCAAGACUCCCAUGCCCGAUUUUCCCACUUGGGCAAUCUUUUUGAAGUUGACUCAGACACUUCUAGACGAGGAAGAGUAUCGAUGCAGACAACUUCCUGAUGAGGAAUUCUUCAAGUCCUACCAGGAGGUUGCGGAACUCGUGGUACACGGUCAGUCCUGGUCUCUACCAACUUUGACGAAAGAACGAAGCUCUAUUUCUUUUGUUUCGGCUUCACUAAGAAGGUACUUCAAGAAGUGCUGGCCAGAACCUCCAGUCCCGGCCACGCCACAGUCUAAGAGCUGCCCAUAA